UUAAUUUUUUUAAUUAAUUAAUAAAUUUAUUUAUUUCAAAUCUAUAAAUUGUCUCAUGUCUGCUACAUUCACACUCUAGAUAAAGAUUAAAAAAUAAAAAUGUCAGCAGUAGGACGAGUGUUUACACAAAAUCUUUUAAAAAAUUAUCAUACUUUUAAAACCCUAGGAAAACAGGCAAGAUGUCUUGGAACACAAGCACCAGCAAAUAAAACAACUGAAACCGACAAAGAAUCAGACAAGAAUAAUGAUGACGGAUUUAAUUUUUCAAAACCUCAAGAUCGUGGUCCACAGGAGUAUCGAUUUAUUUAUCCCGAGUUUUUACCAGAUCCAGCACCACAGCAUCGUAAUUAUCUGAGAGAAAAAUUAGAGCGUAUGGAUAUGUUAUCAAGGAGAAAAUUUGUUGACAUUCCGGAAUUUUAUGUCGGUUCAAUACUUGCUGUCACUUAUUCAGAGCCACAUGCUCCAGGGAAAUCAAAUAGAUUUGUUGGGAUUUGUAUUCAACGAACUGGUUGUGGUUUACGAGCUGCUUUCAUACUCAGAAAUGUCGUUGAUCAUCAGGGAAUUGAAGUACGCUAUGAGUUGUAUGAUCCAGCUAUUCAAAAAAUAGAAUGUUUAAGGCUUGAAAAAAGAUUAGAUGAUGAGCUGUUUUAUCUGAGAGAUGCACCCAAUGAAUUUAGUACAUUUCCACUUGACAUGCAGAUGGAAUAUCUGCCAGAGGGAACCCCAGUUCCUGUUAAUAAAACUAUAGUGCCUUUGAAACCAUUGCCUUGGAGUGCUAAAUGGGAACAAGCAAAUAUGAAAGGAUUGUCUGCUAAUUUCAGUUUAUUGACUGCAAACCGGUUGAGGAAACGCGAUGUCAGUGCUAAGCCCUGGGAGAAAUACGAUCUUAUGAAAAUUUACAGGGAGACUAUUCCUGAGGAAGAACAACAAGCUAUUUAUUCAGAAGUCUAUACGAAACUACACAGCCUAGAGACAUCAAGAAAGAAAUUAAAACGUAAACGUGGUUUCGUUCGUCCAACUAAAAAUGCGUAAUUUUGUUUCAUUGUAUUAUUUUUUUUUUUUUAAUAUUAUCAAUAAAAAUUAAACAAUCGAUAGAAAAAAAAGUUCUUAGUAUUUAAAACAUUUGUUUUCACUUACAUUUAAUGACAUACAUGCUUUUAUUUUUUUUUUUAAAAUGUAUUUUAAUCAUACGGAAGUUAGCCGACGACUAGUAAUUUUUGGAUUUCUUACAAAAACGAGCAACUGUAAAAAAAAAAAAAAUUCAAAAAUUGCACCUAUAGCCUUUUUAAUUUUCUACAUGUGCAUAUUUUUGGUUUAUUUUUUUUUCUAAUUUUAAUUGUUGAAAAACAAAUCCAAAAAUUAUUAUACGUCGGCUAACUUCAGUAUCGUAUUUUAUCAAUUAAUUGUAAUGACAUCACAAAAUCAAUUAAUUUUUUUUUUUAUAGUAGUGGAUAUUUGUUUAACAUACAAGAUCUUUUAAUAAUUUUACCCUAUGUACAAAAGAGUAUUU